AUAAAUUCCCAAACUUCUCCCACUUCUCGGUCAGCCAAUGAAAAACAACCAUACCAGUCCUUGUGAUCUGUUCAUUUCUCUUCACUUUGUCCAUAAAGCUCAAUCUGAUGAUUGUUAACAGACUGCUUCUGUGCGGGAAGGAUUGUUUCUAGGAUCAUGCACACUAAAGGAAAUCAAUGUUGCUGCUCAUUUGAAGACUACAAGUACACUACUGAGUGGCUCCUAAGCAGGACCAGACACAGACCGAAGAUUGCAGUUAUCUGUGGAUCUGGACUGGGACUUCUUGCCGAUUCAGCCACUGACCAGCAGUCCUUCCUUUACAAAGAUAUUCCCAAUUUCCCCAUGAGCACUGUUCCUGGCCAUGAAGGGUGCCUUGUGUUUGGGAAUCUAAAUGAUAAAACAUGUGUCUUCAUGCAAGGCCGAUUUCACCUUUACGAAGGAUAUUCAUUGUGUAAGGUAACAUUUCCUGUGAGAAUAUUUAAGCUAAUGGGAGUGGAGACCAUUAUUGUAACAAAUGCUUCAGGAGGCUUGUGCCAAGACUUCAAAGUAGGCGACAUUAUGAUCAUUAAGGACCACAUUAACUUGCCAGGCUUUGCUGGUCAACACCCACUGUGUGGGCCAAAUGACGAACGGUUUGGAAUUCGUUUCCCCUGCAUGUCGGAUGCCUACAGCAAAGAACUGCGGAAGCUAGCUCUGGAUAUCUCCGCAGAGCUGGGUUACUCAGACUUCGUAAGAGAAGGUGUAUAUUGCAUGGUGAGUGGCCCCAACUUUGAGACCAUCGCUGAAGCACGCAUGCUGCACAUUCUUGGAAGUGAUUCUGUUGGCAUGAGCACGAUUCCUGAAGUGACUGUAGCGAAGCACUGUGGGCUACGUGUGUUUGGGCUCUCCCUCAUCACCAACAAAGUGUCACUGGAUUACAGCAGGGAAGAAAAAGUCAAUCAUGAAGAAGUCCUUCAGAUCAGCAAGACGAGGGCUGAAAUGCUGCAUAAUGUGGUCAACACCCUGAUAGCUAAAUCCGAUCAGAUCGAUGGGCCAAACAGCAACUAAACCCAAGGGAUUUAUUCAUACUCUAUAUCCCAUGAAAUAAUUACCACCCCAACCCAAUUAAUGGGCAAAUAUGUGAUGCUUGGGUUCAUGAUUAGCUCAAGAGCUUUGCAUCAAGCACAUUUUCUCAAAAGUCAUUAGUUCAAUGUUUGCUUCAAAAAUGAAAAAUUAAACAGAAGAAACGGUCCCACUGUGACACAGGAAAAGCCCAAGGUAAUUUGCCAAAAUGAAAUAUCAGAAAACGUUCUGUAUCUGGUUAGUAAAUUGUAGUUAAGAGUAUUUGAGGGAACAUGGUUCUAAUUUUAACCAAAGUUCUGUUCCUGAAAAAUAAAAUAAUUCAUUAUAGUUUCCACAGACAUCAAACCAGGUCCUAAUUGAGAGAAUAUUCUGGUGUUAUUUCAGAUUUUAUAUUUUCCCAAAUGUACCUUAAUUAUUUAUCAAUUUUACAGUGAAGAAGGCACAGAGCAGGGUGGAAAACCGUGGAAUUCUGGAUUAUGUAUGAACGUCUAAUGGGUUGAUUGAAAUGUGAUUUUAGUAGCUUCUUAUUAGGCCAUGAGUGGCACAUAUGGGGUACUCAUUACCAGAUGGGUUAUUUAAAUUGUUUUUUAAAAAUUGCCUUCUUAUGGAAAGCUAUUUCGGGGUAGAAGACUUCCACAUGGAUUAAUCUAAAUCUGAUCUAGUGACGCUUCUGUCAGUAUCUCUCCUGCCACGAGGAUGGAAUAAAACAUUUAGUUAUUGGGAACCAGGGACCUUGAGCUCAAAGAAAAACCAGCGCCCUUCCUUUCUUUCCACUGUGAAGUGGAACCCUGGGAGAGAGGGAAUGUGCUGGUUCUUGCUAACUGAGAUGCCAUAGCAGUUUUCCGGAAAUUGAAGUGGCAAAAACAUCAUAAAAUGAAUCUUGCUGCCUUCAUUUACCCGUGAAAAUCGGAAAUAUUUAAGCAUCCUUCAAAGAUUCAAUUAAUCAGUGAAACAUGCUUCUGUCAAGACCAUAUGCUCCUCUUCUGUCUGUUAUUAAUACCUGUGACAAAAUUGCCAGUUUCAAAAUAAUUAUUAGUGUUAUGAAUACUAACACCACACGAAGAACAGUUUUGUAGUUUAAUUUGCAAAUAGAAAAUAAACAUAUAUGGGAUGCCUCAAAUAUCUGCAGAAAGAUUUGUAUUUACAUAAAUAAUGAGAGUUGAUUCAAUACUGAUUUAAAUUAAAUUUAGAUUUAAAGCAAAGUUUCAUAUUGAGUUCUUGAAAAGCCUGAUGCAUAAACUGUCCUUAACAUUGAUGCUGUUACAAGAAUAAAGAAAAAACAGGUG